AUGUCAUCUACUGAUUCUACAAUCAAUCAAAUAAAUACAGCCGUAACAACAAUUGUCCUUUCUUUAUCAAUAAUCAAUUUUAUAUUCGGUGGAAUAGGUCUCAUAUUCAAUGUUCUUAUUUUUACACGACCCAGUCUGCGUAGUGAACCAUGUUCACUCUAUUUUUUAUUUUCAACAUAUUUUAAUUUAUUUUUUAUAUUUGUAAUCGUGCCUGUACGUGUUGUCUCAGAAGGUUUCAAUUUAGACUUGGCUAAUUUCAAUUUAGUAAUAUGUAAAACUGAACUUUUCACUUUCUAUGUUGCACGAACAAUACCAUGCUGCAUAAGCUAUUUAUAUGAUCGAUUUGGUAAUCUGACACCGGCAUGUUAUGGUCAAAAGGGUAUUUAUCGUACUUUCAUUGCAUUGUGGGCUAUGCUUUUGUAUUCACUCUGUCCAUCUUUAAUAAUGCUUGUUUUUGGUUCUCUAACACUCAAUAAUUUGCGUCGACAUCGUGAAGUUAUUGCAAGGGUUCCUCGCAAUAACCAUACUAUUCGACGUACGGAUGCUCAGCUCUCACGUAUGUUAGCGCUUCAGGUAUUGGUAAUUGUGAUUUCUACUUUACCAUUUUCUAUAUAUCGACUCUAUGUAUCAUUUACCGUCAAUAUAACUAAGGAUCCUCUACGACUUGCCAUAGAAAAUUUGGCUUUUGAAAUUGCUAAUAUGUUAACACAAUUUGCUCACUCGACUAGCUUUUAUUUAUAUACACUAACAGGUACCAUUUUUUGUAAGGAAUUUUACAAGAUUAUUCGACGACAUCGAGAUCAAAAUCGAAUUGGUUUUACUAGGGCUCCAGAUGGAACACAUCAAAUAUCAAUUAUGCCUAACCAUCGAUAA